CGCGAGCAGAACCGCUCUCUCCCUCCCUGCUCCCAUCCAUGGCGUCCUUCUCGAUCCGCUGCCCCAGUCCCUCCGCCUCCCUCGGAUCCUCUCCGCCACCGAUCCAGGCCCCCCGCCGCCGCCGCAGCACCGACCAGCUCCGAUCGGCCUCGGCCUUGAAUCUAGGGCGCGGGUUCUUCAGCGCGUCGCCGCUUGCUCGUUCGAGUCUCCGGUUUGCGCAGCAGUCUAGUGACUCUAGUCGAUGCCGAUCUCUCGUUUCAAGAGUGAAUGCUCUUUCCAAUGAGGUUUCUGUUGCAGGCACUGAAACAGAUGCAGACGCGGCAAAGAAGGAAAUUCGCCUGCCUGACACAUCAUCCAUUUCAGCUUUCAUGAAUCAAGUGGCGGACCUCGUUGAGUUAGUUGAUUCACGAGAUGUUGUUGAGCUGCAACUAAAGCAGACGGACUGUGAGGUCACCAUCAGGAAAAAGGAUGCUCUCCAGCAGCCGCCUGUUGCUGCUUCCAUUUAUAUGGGGCCACCCCCUUCUCCGCAAGCCAUGCUUCCUCCAGGACCCCCUGCGACACCAGUUCUUGCCCCUGCUGCUUCUAACCCGGUUCUUUCAACCCCUAGUUCCAUGCCAGCAGCUCCUGCUGCAAAGCCAAGCACACCAUCACAUCCGCCACUCAAAUGCCCCAUGGCUGGAACAUUUUAUCGAUCUCCUGCUCCAGGCGCACCACCUUUUGUCAAGGUUGGAGACAAGGUUCAAAAGGGUCAGGUUGUAUGCAUCAUUGAGGCCAUGAAGUUGAUGAAUGAGAUUGAAGCUGAUCAGAGUGGAACUGUGGUUGAGAUACUUGUAGAGGAUGCUAAACCAGUUAGCUUGGACACACCUUUGUUUAUCAUUGAGCCUUAAAGUACCAUGGGUAAAAUCUAAGCCCUGUUGUUCUCCAGUGGAAUCUCUUGAAGCAAUUGAACUGCAGAGCAGACAAAUGCAGCAGACUAGUCACUUAGAUGUAACACUGAUAGUUUCCCGACGGAUGAACCAAUUGACACGAUACUAUGUCAUAGAAAAUCCGAAAAGACAAAAUGAAAUAACUUCAAUAAGAAUGUUGAAGUUGCAGCUUUCUUUUUACUCAAGUAAUUGCUUGCAAGACACUGCCAGUGUCUAUAUUAGCCACUUGAGACUUGAGAGGCUUUUUCAAUAUUACUGUGAAAUGAAAGUAUUAACUUGCAAGUUGCUUCUUAACAGAUGGCUUAAGGAAAU